AUGACCAACCUUCAAACCAUCUCUUUGGAUCUCGGACCUUUCAGUGUGGAGGAUGGGCAGACAUUUUACAAUGCCGUAAUGAGCAGUCCCCCUAAACCCAUUUGGAGGAACAUGCAGUCUAUCAGGAUCCGGGGCCUUCAUGUGCUAGCCGCUUGCAUCAUGUGUCGCUUGGAUUAUGAAUGUCUCGUGGCUGUCGAUGUCGAUAACUGGGUCGACUCACACCCCUUUGAGAAGAUGGUGGUAAUCGACAAUCUUGACAGAGUUCGCUUGUAUUACGACAAGGAUCAUGCGACGAGUCCCGUCUACAACGAACUGAAGUUUCCAUCAACCGACACUACAACUUGGAAGGAAUUGAUGCGGGUGAGCCGCUGA